AUGUUAUAUGAAACAUACUUAAUAUUUUCAAAACGGGCAGAUCCAGUUGAUAUAUCCAAUACGCUGGUAAAUCUUGCCCAAAUAGCUACGGCCAACUCGGGCCUAGUUAUCAGGACACAAGAUUUAGGUACCAGAUACACAGCUUUUAAAAUCUCGAAGCCUAACGUUGGCACUUUUUGGUACGGAAGAUUCUACUACAUAGCGACGGCAGCUCAUCCUACAUUUGUAGCAGAAAUCAACAGGUUGCUAAAUUCCAACGCCAACAUACUAAGGCAUAUAACUUUGAAGAUGAAGUAUAAGACGAACCUGUUGACCAACGUAUACUCUCACUUGUACGAUUAA